CUGUGCCCGUUUCAGCGCAUUGAGGAGUUUCUUGACUCAACGACAAACAAGGCAAAGAUCAUGGCGCUCACAUCUCAACCGGUUGCAUUUGGACCCAAAAACUUUCACACGGAGUUAACAAGCUGCUGUGAUGACAUGGGCAUAUGUUGUUGUGGCUUGUUCCUUCUCCCUUGUUUGGGCUGUUCCAUCGCCAGCGACAUGAAUGAGUGCUGCUUAUGCGGUUUAGGCUGGCCAAUGCGAAGUGUAUACAGAACUAAAUACAACAUACCAGGAUCCAUGUUUAAUGACUUUUGUGUCAGUAUCUUCUGCAAACCUUGUGUAGCCUGUCAAUUGAAGAGAGACAUUAACAUUAGGAAGCGUAAUGGAGAAUUCUGAGCAAACUUUGUCUUACAAGGAACAUAAGCCCUGAACUGCAUCUACAACACUAUCAUCUAGUUCUUAAUGGACUAUCAUAUGUUCUUUUUAUAAAUUAGAAUUACUGCAGUGUAUAUUCUUAGUCCAGUUACAUCCACAUGAAUUUUCUUGGUAGUCAGUAAAUUAUAAGAAAGAGCAAUACAUUGCAAUACAUUAGCUGACAAUAUCUGUAAAUGCCUUAGUAAAGUUACUCAAGAGAUUUCAUAAAUCCCUUCAAUGUAACAAAUUAAAAACAGAAAUAAAGAGAAGUAUAGCCUCUUGUCUUUUUUUAAGAGAUAGGAUGACCUCCAUGUUUCUCCAUGCUAGGAAAACUUUAGUAUUAUGUAUUACAGUAAGUAUGUCAGUUUUUGUUUUUUUUGUUUUCAUGCCUCUUAUUUUGUAGUUUAACCAUGGAUAUGUUUCCUGGUUUAUAAUGUGGUUCUUACGCCCUCAUGUAUCUUGCCAUGUGCUCCCUUAGGUGUAUUGGACUUAAAGCGGCGCUGCACAAACCGAUCAGUGUAUGACAUCAAAGGCAACAAUUCGAAAGCAUAAAGAGCCAUUUGCUCUCUAAAGCUCUCACAGUACUUUGCUGUCAUACAACGAUCUGUCUGCACAGCGCUGCUUCAAGUCGAACACAACUAAUGUGUAAUGCUGUGAUUGGUUGUUUUAGUCAUGUGUCUUGUUUAUCAUUGGUUGGAUUGUGCCAUGUGACUCAUUUUGCUUGAUAUAUAAAGUCUUCGUGUUA